AUGACCACCGUUGGUCCAACGCCGAAUUCUCCCCCCGAGCUUUCCGAGUCCAAAUCCUCCAAAUCCUCCUCGUUUCACUCGUCGUCCCACCUGGACGACCCGGACAGUAUCUUCACAGAUAUCUCAAACUUCGAAGAAAUUGGCUUGGAGGAUGAUGCCGCAAUCUCCUACGUGAACCCAGCGAGCUCCUAUGGCCGCGCUGGAGCCAUGGCACGGUCGCCCGCUGCCAGAAUGAGCAAGACCCCUGCGGCUUCCACACGCGACCUGACCAGUACACCGAAAAACCGAAAGCGAAGCCCGUUACCUCCCAUGCAGGCCAAUGGACCAACCAAGAAUCCCCAAUCGACAGGCUCUCUUUCUGCCAGGCCUGGCAAUCGAAGAGACUCGAGUAAUACACUCCAUUCCCCAGGGUUGGCUCCAUCGCAGCCUCAUCGAUCGCGCUCAAUUUCACCACUCCGACCCACGUCCAGUCGCUCCGCCUCGAGCACCAGCUUAGCGUUAUCUCCGCUGUCCGCACGCACACCGACUCAGAAACAAAACUGGCACCCGAAUCGCAAGUCUUUGAAAGACCUGGAGGAGGAAUACCAUGAUUCGGACGAUGAACUACCGGAUGAUGCAAGCUUGUGGAACAUUCCAAUCUCCCCACGCCCUCAGCAGGAUCGCACCCUGUCAAGACCUAGCAGUCCCAAUGGUGGUCGCAGCCCCGGCCGGCGCCCAUUGCCCUUUUCGCAUGAAAUCUCCGAAACGCACGUACCUGCACCCGAGAAUACAGCCAAGGCAUCCCGCAUGAAGCGGAUACAACGAUCGAGCUCUGCAGGCCCUGAGCGCGGUCAGAUCUCACCUCGCAAUCCUCGCGCCUACUCCUAUAAUAGUUACAUGUCGGAUUUGUCUGAAGAGGCUAAGAUCAUUACCGAGGCCCUUGAGCUGCAUGCAGAUGAUAGAGAUCGCCAGCGCGAGGAGAAUGUGCAAACUGGAGCCACACGAAAAUCGAGUGAAGAUUCGCAUCGAGCUUCUCGCGAUGCUAUUGCACUGCCCCCUCUACAGAAGAGCAAUAUCAUGAUCGACCCAUUACCAAUUAGCAAAGAGAAAGAAAAGGUCCUCACACGAACACGCCCCAGUUGGCUUCCGCCCAAGGACCAGAAGGAAGAGAAGAAGCAUUUAAAGCAGUAUCAGCAGAUGAUGGCCCAGUCUCGGGAGACUGAGAAACGCAAAGCUGCCCGGGAUGCCUCCGCGCAGUGCGAGAAGGAUAGCACCCGAGUAACGCUGCAAAACAUCUGGGAUGAAUAUGUUUACCCUAAUUGGGACCGCGCUCUCCGUGAGCCUCGCAUUCGGGAACUCUGGUGGCGCGGAAUCCCACCUCGCAACAGAGGUAAUAUCUGGAAAACCGCUCUCGGUAAUGAACUUUCUUUGAAUGAAGAGACCUUCACCAAAGCGCUCCAAAGAGCCAAGGAUCUGGAACGCAAAAAGGACGCAGACAGCGAGAACAACAAGCGAUUGCUGGACUGCUUUGAAGCGAUCAAAACAGACGUCCCGAAAGCCUUUUCAGAUCUAAACCUCUUCCAAGAAGGUGGUCCGCUACGGGAGACCCUCAUCGACGUCCUUCAGGCAUACUGCAUGUACCGCAGCGACGUAGGCUAUAUCUACGGCCUCCACACCAUCGCCGCCCUCCUCGUCCUCCAAUUCCCCACCCCGGCAUCCGCCUUUCUCGCCAUGGCCAACGCCCUAAACAGGCCCCUCCCAGUCGCAUUCCUCACCUGGGACCGCGGUGCCAUGGCCCGCUCUUACACCCUGGCGACGGAUACCCUGCGCUACAAAUUCCCCCGCCUCCUCGCCCAUCUCACCGAAACCCACCACCUCUCCGACGAAGAAAUCUGGGAACCAAUCUUCCGCUCCCUCCUGACAAACGGCCUUGAUCUCGAGCGCCUCUCCCGCGUCUGGGAUUGUUGGGUCUUCGAGGGUGAUCGCAUUAUGAUCCGCUCUGCUGUCGCAGUCCUAGGCUGUCUCCAGACCCAACUGUUUUCCUUCAACCAGUCCGACGACGAGUCUCGCCUCGCCGUCCGAGAUCUUAUCGGCUGGGGUCCCCGCUCGCGUGGCGCUAGUACUCAAACCCCAAAGGAUCGCCAUAGUGCUCCUGCUGCCUCUGGCUUUGGCGGUGGGUCCAUUGAGAACCCGGGUGUCGCUGAUUAUUGGAUUCUUUCUUCUGCUGGCACUGAGGAUGGAUUCAUGAAUGCUGUCAGAGAGGCUGGAAAAGUUCGCAAUUGA